AUUUCAGGGCAGAGCAUGUUGUAGUGUGGUUUUGAAUUAUUUUCGUUUAAAUCAAUUGCUGGAAUUCUUCGCUUUUAGACCACUGAGAAUCUGCUUUUCUUGAGGAGAAAAAAUGUCAAGACAGCAUGACAAUGAAGCUAAAAGAGCAUUCUACAAAAUUUUUCGUAAAAGUGUUGGUCCUGCAAUCCUGCACAAUGCAUCCUAUUUUCAAAAUGAACAGCAACGUAAGCCCCAACAAUUGAGGAAGAAACAACGUGAACCACGUGAUAUCCCUGAAAAAGUAAAGCAUGCUCCACCUGGACAUAUCUUUGAUGAGAAAUGUCGUCCGUGUAUCUCAGCUAUUCACGAAUGCAAGGACGUGUUUACGACGCAAGACGUAAUAAAUGAAAUAAACAAAGCAAGAGAACAACGCAAGAUUGUUCGCGCUCGUGGCUGGGAGCAUUCUGGAGUUGAUCAUGUCUUAGAUGACAAUGAAGCAGGAAUUUUGUUGUCUUUAAAAGGCGACCUUGAAAAAGUGACAAUACACAGGGAACAAAGCACAGAUGAAAAAAUGUACGUUACCGCUGGUGGUGGCUGUGUUCUUGGUUAUAAUCCAAAUAUAGAAAAUAUAAGAAGCUCGCUAAGCUAUCAAGUUAAUCGGGCAGGUUUUGCUCUCCCAAAUCUUAGCAGCAUUACCCAUCAAACAGUCGCUGGGUUUUUCUCCACAGGAUCUGCUGGAGGUAGUCUUCAAUACAACAUGGCCGAUUCAAUCGAAGCAAUUACCUUCAUCAACGGCAAACGAGAAGAACAACACUGCUCUCGUACAAUUAACAGUGAUUUGUUUUAUGCUGUUGGCGUGUCCAUGGGCCUGUUUGGCGUUAUAACUGCUGUCACAUUUUGCCUCAAGGACAAGAGAUUUAAUGUCAAAGGAAGUGAAAAAUACGUUGAAUUCAAAGAUUCCGCAUUGGCUAAUCCAUAUGAAUUGAAAAAUCUGGAUUCCUACUGGCGUUUCAACUUGUACCCUCAAAAAUACGUCAAGAAAGUUAUGGAAUGGACGGCAGAAAGAAGUGAAUACAACGAAGAAGGAAAACCCUAUGAAAACAUCAUUAAUCGUCCUUUAGUUGCCGUUGGAGCUGCUGGUGUUAUGAUAACAUGCAAUACUCUUCUUUACAACUACCCGGGCGAGAAGACCUAUAAGAUCAUAGGGGGUGCUAUGGGAACACUCAUUAAUCCUCAUGAUUCGUCACAACUUUUUAACGAUGUGUGGUAUCAUGGAUUGCCAAAGGAUAACAGAGCACAUGUUGACGACAUCCUUGAGGUCGAUUACACCGAAAUCUGGAUACCCUUUAAACACCGUACUGAGGUCAUUGAGCGGUUGAAGGAAAUUUACAAUGAUUCUGAAGCAGGACAACAGGCAGCUGGAAAUUACGCUGUUGAAAUUUAUGCAGCGAAAAGCUCAAAAUUUUGGUUAAGCAUGUCAUAUGAUGAAGAUAUGAUCCGCGUGGAUCCCUAUUGGUACCUCUACAAUCCUUGUGGUACAGCUCGUGAAUUUUUCACUUUCGUUUGGAAUCAAUUGCUACCAAUGAUGUCAAAAUCAACGCCAGUUCGUCUCCACUGGGGUAAAUUUUUGCCACAACCAGGACAAGAGCUCCAGGACAUGAAUGGAAACAGCGUCGUCUUUAACUCGGAGUACCUGGAAUCUGUUUACCCGAAAAUGAGAGAUUAAGAACUUCGUCAAGAACACGACCCAGAUCAAAUGUUUGUCACCAAUUAUUGGAGAGAGAUUCUAGACAUACCUUUGCACUGAGAGAACAAUUCUUCGUAACAUAGUUUUGAGUGUUUCACUUUAUAACCGUGAAUUAUAUGUAACUGUAAUUUUCUUGCGUUAUUUUACUUAUGAAACAUUUUGUUCUAGUUUACUGACCUGCACAAAAUAUGUAGAAUUUGCUGUUUAUCUAGCAAAGAUGUAUUUACUAACCAAAAAUGAAUGUGUAUUUGCACGUUUUUAUAUGUAAAGAAAACACUUUUCAUGUUAUUAAACUGUCAAUAUUGAUCAAAA